CGUUGAGCUGUGACAAUGAAUCGUUUGCUUUUGAGUGUGGUGGCGCUGGUCGCCUUGUGCGCCUGCUGCCAGGCCCAUCCGGACAUCGACUUCCCCUUCGGGCGCAUCGUCAACGGCGAGGCCGCCGAGAUCGAGAGCCAUCCCUACCAGGUGUCCAUCCAGACCAAAAAGGGCUCCCACUUCUGCGGCGGUAGCUUGGUCGACUCGGAUACCGUGGUGACCGCCGCCCAUUGCAUGCAGUCCUAUACCGCCGAUGAAAUACAGGUGCGCUUGGGAUCCACCUCCAGGAGCAGCGGCGGCGAGGUUGUCAGCGUGCGUACCUUCAAGUUCCACGAGGGCUACAACAGCAAACUCAUGGUCAACGAUGUGGCCGUCAUCAAGCUGAGCACCCCCGUCCGCCAGACCACCAAGAUCCGUGCCAUCGAACUGGCCCAAGUUACCCCCGCAUCGGGCACCACUGCCGUCGUCUCCGGCUGGGGCACCACCUGCUUCCUGCUGUGCAGCUCUCCCGAUAACCUCCAGAAAGUGGACGUGGAUCUGCUUCAACAGAAGGAUUGCGCUUCCGAUAUUUACAACUACGGCGAACAAAUCCAGGACACCAUGGUCUGUGCCACCGGCGAGAAGAAGGACGCCUGCCAGGGAGACUCUGGUGGCCCGUUGGUCGCCGAUGGUAAGCUGGUCGGCGUCGUGUCCUGGGGCAAUGGCUGUGCCUGGACUAACUACCCCGGCGUCUACGCUGACGUUGCCUCACUCUACACCUGGAUCGUGAAGACCAUUGAGACCCUGUAAAUUGAAUAAAUAAAGCCGAUAUUACGAGUAUACAA